AUGUCUAAGAUCACUUCUAAAGACGUUCGUGAGAGAGUCAAGGAACUCCUCGAGGCUUCUGAGAAGAAGAAGAGAAACUUCCUUGAGACUAUUGAGCUCCAAGUUGGUCUCAAGAACUAUGAUCCUCAGAGAGAUAAGCGUUUCUCUGGUACCAUCAAGCUUCCUGAGGUUCCUCGUCCCAACAUGACCAUCUGCAUUUUUGGUGAUGCCAUUGAUGUUGAUCGUGCUAAGGCUGCUGGCAUUGAUGCUAUGUCUGUUGAUGAUCUCAAGAAACUUAACAAGAACAAGAAGCUUAUUAAGAAGCUUGCCAAGAAGUACAAUGCUUUUAUUGCUUCUGAAGUUCUUAUUAAGCAGGUUCCUCGUCUUCUUGGUCCCCAGCUUUCCAAGGCUGGUAAGUUCCCCACUCCUGUUUCUCACAACGAGGACCUUGUCACCAAGGUUCGUGAAGUUCGUUCUACCAUUAAGUUCCAGCUGAAGAAGGUUCUUUGUUUGGCUGUUGCUGUUGGUAAUGUUGAUAUGGAGGAAGAUCAGAUUGUUACCCACAUUAUGAUUUCUGCCAACUUUCUUGUUUCUCUUCUUAAGAAGCACUGGCAGAAUGUUGGCUCUUUGGUUAUCAAGUCUACCAUGGGCCCUCCCUUCAGAAUCUACUAA